CUGGUCGCCGCGGUUGGUCGCAAUUUACUUUGUUGAUAAGCGGACUUUCGGGCGCGUUUCGUAUUUGUUUUGUCGCGAAAUGAACUAAGAACUCAAAUAGUCGCAAUAUCUUUUUGCAAACAAAGUGAUAAAGCGUGAAAUGUGUCAUCUGGUGGGCGAAGAAGCUGCCGAGAAACUGUUUUUUUAGUCAAGGCCAUGGAGCAUUGACUUGAGCCACUGAACAUCCCGAAUCCCCAAUCCCCGAGCCCUGCCUGGUCAUGUUGGAACCCACGCUAACGCCGGAUUUGGAGGAGGGCAUUGCCGGGCUCAGCUUAGACGAUGUGGAUGUGGACUCGGUGCCAGAGCGCAAGCCUCACUUUCUCGACUACGAUGCAGUGCCCCCGCCGGACUACGAAGAUGGCUUUGGAGCAAGUUCCGGGGAGCAGCUGAAGAUGGACAAGAAGUACGAGCGCGAUGGCGAAGUCAGCGACUAUGAGUUGGCCGCCAGUGGCUAUACGAAGAAGGAGUUCACCCAGGACGACAAUACGCUUCACUUCACCCAGAGCGGAGCAGGACUGGGAUCAGGAGCAGUAGGCAAGAAGUCGACGGCCAAACAUUUCCUAGACGAAAAUCCCAUUCCGCCAGACUAUAUGUUGGCACAGGAGCUAAGGGAGAUGAGGGAACAUCGCAGUCUGGACAGGAACUUUGAGCGACAGUCGGCUCAGCAACAGCAACUGGAUGAACUGCCCCCCAGAAAUGGAGGUGGAUCUCCAGCCAGCGCAGGUCGUCCGUCCCGAAGCAAGGAGCCUUCUUAUACGCUCUCCCGGUUUCUAGAUGGGGACUCGCCAGCUCCAGCUCCAAGAUUGCCCAAGGGAGCCGCCUGGACCACGAGCUUUGAUGAGCGGUAUACCUCUUCGGCAGUGGAAGCCACUUUGGGUUCGAAGGUUGAGUGUGUUUACUCACUUCUCUCCAUGUUGGGAUCAAAUGAUCCCCUUGAAAUGGCCAAGAAAUUCUUGGAACUCUCGGGAAAUGCUCAGAGCUGUGCCACCCUAAGACGCUCCGGCUGUAUGCCACUCCUGGUGCAGAUGAUGCACGCACCUGACAACGAUCAGGAGGUAAGGAAAUGUGCUGGCCAGGCCCUUCAUAAUGUGGUGCAUAGUCAUCCGGACGAGAAGUCCGGCCGUCGGGAGGCCAAAGUUUUGCGCCUUCUUGACCAGAUUGUCGACUACUGCUCCUUCCUGAAGACUCUGCUUCAAAGCGGCGGAGAGGCCAUUGCCGAUGACUCCGAUCGCCAUCCGCUGGCCGCAAUCUCCUCGCUGAUGAAAGUCAGCUUCGAUGAAGAGCACCGUCAUGCAAUGUGCGAGCUAGGAGCGCUGCAUGCGAUCCCAAACCUGGUGCAUCUGGAUCAUGCCGUCCAUGGCCCAAAGCCGGAGGAUCAGUGCUGCAAUUCUUUGCGGAGAUAUGCCUUGAUGGCUCUUACAAAUUUAACCUUCGGAGAUGAAAACAACAAAGCUCUGCUCUGUGGACAAAAGCAAUUCAUGGAGGCCCUGGUGGCCCAACUGGACUCAGCUCCGGACGACCUGCUUCAGGUGACGGCUAGCGUUCUGCGUAAUCUUUCCUGGCGGGCAGAUAGCAACAUGAAGGCGGUGCUGAAUGAGAUUGGAACGGUGACUGCUCUGGCCCUGGCGGCCAUGCGGAAUAGAAGUGAAAAUACUCUGAAGGCCAUACUCUCGGCCCUAUGGAAUCUCUCGGCGCAUUGUAGUACCAAUAAGGCCGAGUUCUGCGCUGUGGAUGGAGCAUUGGCAUUCCUUGUUGGCAUGCUGAGUUACGAGGGUCCCAGCAAAACCCUAAAGAUCAUCGAGAAUGCGGGAGGCAUCCUGCGUAAUGUGUCCAGCCACAUUGCUGUGUGUGAACCUUAUCGGCAGAUCCUGCGGCAGCAUAAUUGUCUGGCUAUUUUGCUGCAGCAACUGAAAUCAGAAAGCCUGACGGUGGUUAGCAACUCCUGUGGAACUCUAUGGAAUCUAUCAGCCCGCUCUCCUGAGGAUCAAAAGUUCCUGUGGGACAAUGGAGCGGUGCCGAUGUUGCGUUCGUUAAUCCACUCUAAGCACGCCAUGAUCUCAGAGGGCAGUUCUUCGGCUUUGAAAAACCUAUUGAACUUUCGACCUGCUGUCCAAAAUCAUAAUCAGCUAGAUCCCAUUGCCCGUUCCAUGGGUCUAAAGGCCUUGCCAACUUUGGAGGCUCGUAAGGCCAAGGCACUGCAGCAGGAACUGGGUGAGCGUCACACGGCCGAGACGUGCGACAAUCUGGACACGGGCGGCAAGUUGUCCAAGGAACGGGCUUCGAGUUCAUCCAGACGACAUCCUCCUGUGCCACGUUUAACCCGCUCGGCAAUGCUAACGAAGAGUGAAAGCAGAGACUCAGUUUAUUCGGCCAAAUCCGAUUGCGCUUACGAUCAUUUAAUUCGCUCAGCUUCGGCUUCCGAUGCCCAUCGUAAAGUGAAGCCCAAAAUGGCGGACUUUGAUAUGGAAAUGGAACAGGAUACGGAGGCAACAGAAGAGCAACCCAUUGACUAUUCGGUGAAGUACAGCGAGAAUGCCACCAAAACCUCGACAUAUCAGGAAACGGAUCUGGAUCAGCCCACGGACUUUAGCUUGCGCUAUGCGGAAAACCAAAUUGAAUCGGACCUGGACAUAUCAGGAUCGGCAGGGCCGCAGAAAAGUACAAUUACGGCUCCUGCUGAAACAGUUCCAGUUAAAUCCGAGGGCCAAGAGAUCUUGCUGAUCCUAGACGACAGUGUUAAAUGCUAUCAGACCGAAGAUACCCCUUAUGUUAUAUCCAAUGCUGCUUCCGUGACAGAUUUACGAGUCAGUGCUAAAACGGAAGCGGAUGUGAAACCAGAAGCUAGAGAAGUGGCUUCCAAGGAAGAAGCUCCCAAAAAGUUGCCCAAAUUGUCGCAAUGUGGAUCCGGCUCGUAUACUCCAGAGAAACCAAUCAAUUAUUGUGAGGAAGGAACGCCGGGUUACUUUAGUCGGUACGAUUCCUUGAGUAGCUUGGAUGAGUCUGGUAAGGCUAACCAAGCAACAGUGGGAACUGAUGCAGAAAUCAAACCUAAAUCAGAGAAACUUGAGGAUCAAGAAUCCCAGCCUGCAGAACAAGUCCUUGUCAAACCUACUACCCAGGCAAACUCGGCGUUGGAAACCCCUUUAAUGUUCUCCCGGCGCAGCUCCAUGGAUUCCUUAGUUCACGAUCCGGAUGUUGAUGUGGCUAAUUGCGAUGAUAAGAGCUCGGUGGUUAGUGACUUUAGUCGUCUGGCCAGUGGGGUGAUAUCCCCUUCCGAGAUUCCGGAUUCGCCAACCCAAAGUAUGCCACAAUCGCCAAGACGCAAUAGUAUGGCUGGAUUGACGCAGAAUGUGGACUCCCCAUUGCCUGCAAUCCCGGCCAGCUUGCAACCAUUACGCAGCGUCUUCGAAGACGAUCUAAGCAGCUUCAACGUUGAACAUACACCUGCUCAGUUCUCUACGGCCACCAGUUUGAGUAACCUGAGCAUAGUGGAUGAUGAAAAGGCCCCAGCGAGUGUGGCCGAAGAAGACAACGAAGAUGAGCUUCUUCUAGCCAACUGCAUCAACAUGGGCAUGCAGCGAAAGCCUACAGAGGUUGUGAAGACAACAGUUGUGAACACGGAACUUGACGUGGCUGAAGAGACUAUUCGCAGCUACUGCACUGAGGAUACGCCGGCAUUGCUCUCCAAGGUGGCCAGUAAUACUAAUCUUUCAGCAAUCUCCAUGAGUUCCAAUGAGCCCAAGGAGGGAACAUCUGGUCAGGCACAGAUCUACACACAUCAGCUAUCUGACGACGUAUCCUCAAACGCUUCAGACUGCGGUGGAGCAGCUGGUAACCUGCUGCAGCAGUGCAUCCGCGAUGGGAUGAAGAAACCACAAAACGAAGUCACUUCAGAUCCCAUAGCUAUGCUUCGACGAGGAGGAAACCAGUUGCCUGGUUACCUGCCCUCCGCUGAUGAGAUGAACAAGUUCUUAGUAGAGGACAGUCCAUGCAACUUUUCCGUGGUCUCUGGCCUGUCAAACCUCACCGUGGGUUCCAGUUUAGUUGGGCCAGCCGUGCAACUCAAGGAAACCGUGUCAUCCACUGUGGAUUCGAAAACCGGAACGGAUAUAAAACCCGCUAGACAGGAGCAAGACCGAAGACCGCCGCAUUGGCAAGAUGAUUCGUUGAGUUCUCUAUCCAUAGACUCGGAGGAUGAUACCAAUUUACUGAGUCAGGCUAUUGCCGCUGGCUGCAAUAGACCGAAAUCGAAUCUUGGCUUCAGCUCGAACGGCAAGCGCUCCAGCUCGCUGAGCUCCUCGCAGCCGAUAGCCAUCAAUGCGGCCACAUCGGCCAGCUCCCUGAAUUCGGCGAUGACAGUCCGCAAGAACCAACCACAGGAAUCCUAUAGUUCUGUGGAUUCUAGCGAUUCCAACGACAACCAGUCCAAGUCGCUCUUCGAGCUGUGUAUCCUCAAGGGCAUGUACAAAUCCAAAGAACCCGGGGCUAGGGCUCAGCAAUUACAGGAACAGCCUAUUGUUGGAUCAUCGUCCGCCCAGUCAAAUCCCAAUCUCAAGCAGUUUGAUUCGCUGCCGGUGCAGCUGUCAUCUGGUGGACAGCCCAAAAGGCAGCGUCACCAUCAUCACCAUCAUCAUCACAGAGAGCGAGAACGAGAGCGCAAGGACGAAAAGCUGCUACAAGAGUGCAUCAACACGGGCAUCUCAAAAAAGAUCAACACAGUGCCAAAAAACGUCCUGGCUACGUCUGCGGCUGCAUUGGAACCGUGUCACCCAAUGGCAGCUACUAUAUCAGCAAGUGCCCACAGCACAGCAGCUCCAGACGUAGAGCAGAAAGCACACGCCACCAGCAAUCCGCAUCAGCAGCUGUCCCCGCACCCGAACAGCCUCGUCCUCCCGAAUCCUACCGACGUCAUCGCCACCGUCACAGACACAGCAAGAAGUCAAGCAGCUCUAGAUCAGGAGAGCGAGAUCGGGAAUCAGAACGGUCUAGAGAUCGGUACUGGGUCUAAGGAUUUGGACCAGGAAGAUCGCUCCAGCGAUGAGUCGAAUCAAUCCUUCAUCAUGGAGACCGUGGUCAGGUUGGACAGCGCUCUCAACGAAACUUGCAUUUCUGGUGCAAGUGAGAAGCACAAGGAUCCUGACCUUAUGCUCAAGUCCGUGGAAAGACUUACCAUGGAGUUUGUCACUUCUGCGGAACAGUUACGCAGCAGCAGUAACAAUCACAGUAGCAGCAACAGCCACAAUCAAAGCUGCAGCAACAGUCACAAGAACAACAGCAGUAACAACACCUGGAACGAACACACUUGUCCCAAUGAUGUGAGCUUUCCCAGCGUGAGUCAAACGGCUCCGGUUCUGGCUUCUUUAAGUUUAGAUGAAGACGCCACAGAAGCAAGGUCCUUACAUGAAUUUGUAGAAAUUACGCCCACAAAUGAACAGCAGCCGGCAUCUCUGGAAGGCGAAACAGAUACCUUGAUCAAUGGACAAGCUGACAGCCAUUCAGGAUCAUCUGGAGGACUCAACUUCCAGUUGGGUGGGCAAGUCCAGAAUGCAGGUGUCCGUUUGGAGCCCCAAAGGCUACUGUUCAAUGGAACCAGUGCCUCCAUGAUGACCAACUCAACAAUGAUUGCUUUCGAAGCACGAGCUUUGGCGGAAAACCUUCUCCAGCCCGCUGCUAGCGAUGAAGACAACACUGAGAUGACCUUUAGUAUGAACAGUUUGGAUUUGGACAACGUUCGUCCUCCGUCGGGAAUGGAAUCACUCAAUAGCUGCUACCAGGAGCACUCCCAGCCGAGUUCCCUUCGCCAACAAUUGCCCAGCAAGAGCCCCAGAUUUGCACGGAAAAUAUUCCCUGCCAAUUUAGUAGCUAGACGAGCCCUGGGCCAUUUGGCAGGGAGUGCGGAGAGCGUUAACUCCAGCUGCAAUCUGCUGGACAACAUCAAACCUCCCUCAUUAAUGGACGAACUUCUGGACUCCAUGAUCAGUGUGGACAGCAUCCAGUCAGAGGUCGCCGAUGGCGAUCAGGAUUGCAGCAUGGCCACCACUAUCUCGGUGUCCAAUUACGAGACGGCUGCAUGUGAUGAUCAGACCAUGACUGUUCUUCAGAGUUGCUUUGACGAAGAUGAAGAUGCCACGAUGAAUGACUACAGCUCGGCAGAAUCAACGCCUAAACAAGGAUCCACUCCAUCACCGAAUCGUCGUUCUCUUACCCCAAAACAAAAGAGACGUCUCAUCAAGGAUCGCUACAAGACCUACACCAUUGCCACCAGUUGCGAGUUGGAAGCACUGGAGGCCAAUGAAACCCUGCAGAUAGAGAUUGUGGAGACGGACGUUCCUGUGGCCACACCUUCGCCUCGUGCGAACGGCAGGAGAAGGGGUAGCGCUGAGCGGUACAAGACUCAGUUGAUUGAAUGUCCUCGAGCUUUAAUUCAGCCCCAGUCGGAUGAUUGUCCCAGCGAACAGCUCUCCUCCAUUCGAGCAAUGAUGCAGCAGUUUACUUAUAUUACAAACAUAAACAUUGGACAAAGCCAGGAGACUUCCGAAAAUGCUGAUUCUACUGGAGAAGCGGAGGAAUCCCCGGAGUGCGAUCAAAACUCGGAGACGGAGUCGUGCGAUGGUCAGGAACCAGCACAAUUGCCUCCUCCGCCGCCAAUGGUGGAACUUAAAUCCCCUACCGUGAAGCCCGCAACUUUGGAGCCUGCCACGGCCGUAAAACUAGUGCGAGGACGCAAGAAGCCGGCCUAUGUAUCACCCUACAGCAUGCAAAGUCAACGAAGUAACAACAAUACCGCUUCAGCCAAAAAGAAGACCCUUUCUCCCACGAUUGCCAAACGCAGUGUGGUGCCCGCCGGAGCUGGAGCACGGCUACCAGCCAAAAAGAAGCCUACGCCGCCACCAGAACCCGCUCCCGCUCGGUUGGAACGUCAGGGAACCUUUGUCAAGGACGAGCCCACGAACUCGAAUGUUCAAGUUCCCGUGGUGGAAACAAAGCCAGCACAAACCAGUCCCGGUCAUCGAGCCUCAAAGUUGCCGACAAAGAAAACCACAACUGGUGAUUCACCAUCGAAAGCUGGAUCUCCCAAGAGAGUUCCCUUGGCUCCAGUGCGCCGGAUGACGCCACAAAGAGCCAACACAAGUCUGCGAUUGGCAGGAGCGAAAUCCCCAGCUGCCACACGUGUGGUUUCCGCCCGGGUGUCAUCGACAACGCCUCCAUCUCGCAGUAAUUCCAACCUGAAUGGAAGCAGUGCAGCCGCAGCAGCGGCGGCAAAGAUCAAUCAGGCCCAAAGCCGAAUUGCCAAUAUAUGGAAGAGAGUGGACGAGGCCAAAACCAAGAAAUCGUCAUCCAACCUGAAGUCGCAGAAAACGAAAUCUUCCAAUACGCUCAACGGAAAUGGAACCAAACCGACGCUCUUGCGUAGCUCGACCUUCGACAAUACCCCAAAUCCCGCACCAGCAGGAGGAGGAGUCAAGUCCAAGUUGCCAGUGGUGGGAGCUCGCAAAUAGAGGAACCCAACAUAAUCACAAAUUAGCCAAGUUAAAGCGACUUUGAAAGUGGAGACUGGAUUUAGGAACAGGACUGUAUUUGUCACGCAUUUUUUAGAACGGAACACGCACAGGUCCACAUCCACAAGCAGAGCUAGAGUCAGAGUUAAAAUCAAAGAGUUUUUAGGAUAGGAGGCAAUAUUAUACAAGUACUAUGUAAUCAAUAUACUACUCUCCUUUUACUUUAUACAUAUGUGUAGUCCCUAUAACUUUGUAAGCAACCAGUCUAGCAUAGUGUUAGCGCAAAACUUCUAGUAACUUCAACUAAUCCAAAUCACAGUCAGAGAAGGAGCUCCUAUCCGAGCUCCCGAUCGUGUGUAGCCAAAUGUAUUGCAUAUAUACACUAGAUCAGGCCUUUCACCGUGUACAACUCUCUUAUAUAUACAAAAUGUAUACUGGCAUAUAUAUAGUUGCUAUAUAUUCGAUUUGACACAUUUAUAUUGUCCCAUUUGGGUUGAUAAGGAAAGGUUUACCAAGUCCAAUAUGUAUUCUGAUUUUACUUUUACACUUAGUUAGAGAGCGUUGCCCAUGGCAGGGCAAUUACUUAAAUCAAUAAUAAUUUUGUUCAUUUUAUAGGUUUAAUAUGCCCUCUGGCUUCCUUAUGCAAACACCAAAUAUCUGAAGAGAGAAGAAAAUCACCUUUUGUAGUCACUGCUUUUUAAGUAUUCUUUUAUAUAAUUUAGCUACUUAAGGGUAAACGUUAUAGAAAACAGCCUUUGUAUUAAGCCGAUUAUUUGCGACUUAGUUUUUACCGAUCCAUGGCGAUUAACAAUUUUUAAUAUUAAUAAAUCGAAAUAUGCUUUUUGUCAGCAAAAAAUAAAA